AUCGUUUCCGAAGAAUCACAGACGAUUCGGCCCAAGUGGGAGACUUAGAAUCGGGUAGGGAGAACCUCCUGAAGCUCACAGUUACCCCUACAGACCUCGGAUAAACACUGAUACAGUUAUAUCGUGGCUUCUCCUUCCCGGAGAUUCGCUGCCAUGAAGUUUCGCCUUCUCCUCCAAAUCUUCUUAUUAAUUUGGGUGACGGCGGAGGCCAGGGGGAGUAGGAAGAGAUCGAGGAGCCUGCGGACAUUCGCGCCGUACGACGUCUCCGGGAGUUUGGACCAGAGGUGGCUGUCGGAGAUGGGCAGGUCGUCGUUGAGAAAACAAGGACAGAUCCCUCCGAAUGUCCCGUUUCCGUGUUUUUCUCCGAGGUCACAAAUUCCACCGGAAUCUGUCGACAGGGUCCGACCGGGUGAUAUCGACGUCGUAGCCGCCAUGGGUGAUUCCUUAGUAGCUGGAAAUGGAGCCAUGGAGGACUACGCCCUUGGAACUUUUAUCGAAUCUAGAGGAGUUUCUUGGGCCGUUGGGGGAGACGGCGACUGGAGAAAUUUUCUGACCCUUCCCAACAUCCUGAAAGUGUUUAACCCCAAAAUAAAAGGUUUCUCUGUCGGAAAGGAACCCUUCCUCACCCCGACGACAGCACUGAACGUCGCUUUUCCAGUCUCAGCGGACCAAGACGCUCUGAUGCAAGCAAAAAAUCUAGUCCUGAAGAUGAGGAACACGCGCGGCGUGGACUACGAAAAGUCCUGGAAAUUGGUGACAAUGUUUUUUGGAGCAAAUGAUAUAUGCUCUGCCCAGUGCUAUAACAAAGAAGAUUACAGUCCGAGAGCUCAUGCCAACAAGUUGAUGAGGGCGUUGGACUACCUUCAGGACAACAUGCCCAGGGCUAUAGUCAACCUUGUACCUGUCAUAGACGUAUCGGCGAGCGUGAGAAUCAAGAGAUCCUUCAUGUGCAGAAUGCUCCAUAGGUUGUUCUGUUCUUGCUUCCACCGUUCCGGGGACGUCAUGUCCUCUAUAACCAAAGUGACAAGGCAGUACCAAAUCCAAGAGCAAAAAUUGAUUGAAAGCGGUCGAUACAACAAAAAGUCGGAUUACACUGUUGUCAUCCAGCCUUUCAUGACGUUUUUCAAUCUUCCAAAAAAUUCAACUGAAAAAUUCAAAGAGGCCAUAGAUAUAUCCUACAUCACCCAUGAUUGUUUCCACUUCAGCCAAAAAGGGCAUGCUUUGGCGGCCAAUUUACUCUGGAACAACAUGCUCGAGCCUGUAGGUGAGAAAUCAAGGGAAAGCGUAAGCUACCCUCUUCAGAGGUUCUUCUGUCCCACUGAUGACAACCCUUACAUCUUCACGUACAACAACUCGCAAAGGUUCUACCAGACGGGCAGCCAGUUGUGAUAAGAUAAAGACGGUGUUGUGUUGUCAUAUCGGAGCUAAUGAACUGGUAUAUUUUUCACUCGAUAUUAUGACAAAAAAUCGCGUUAGAUAAUUCCAGAUUAUUCGGGAUCGUUAGGCAAAUUAUCGCCUGUCGCUGAAAUUCCGCUGAUGAAAAUGUAGAGAAAAGUGAGCAAUCGACAUUGACUUUUCAAUAUUUUCAAGAUUGGUGUCCUCCUAUAUACUACAUAAUCCAUAACACAAUAGAACUACUGGGCAUUAGUAAAAAAAAGCUAAAAAGUCAAAAAUUACAAAUUUGUCGAUAGGUAGAUCGUUUUCGAUCAACCUGGUCAGGCAAUUCUAGCUGUUUUCGGCAUUCUUCAGUGAUCGUUUUGUGUUAUAUUUUAUUUAGUAGGAUCCCUUUUUAAUGUUGUGCCAAACAGACGCAGGUUCACCACUGAAUUUGGUGAAAACCAUCGUCAAGCUUCAGGCUCAUCAACUAGAAGAAACCUAACCUAAAAAUGUUUCUUGGUCUGUCUCUCGGCAUUUCUCUAUUUCAGUGCUGGGUUUGAAUUUUGUCAUUCAUCCUGGCCUUCUGUAUUUGAUAUUUCAGAAAAAAUUUCAUAAUUUUGACAUAAGGACGGGAGUUGUGUCUUUUUAAUCUUACAAACUGCUAAUAUCGAAACGUAUCGAUCGGAAACGACCAAACUAUGGUUUCAAACCCCGGCAGACAUAAAGAAAAAACCUAGCCUAAAAAUAUUAGCUCGUCAGCUGAAACUGCAUUCCUUCUGAACUUUCAGCUUAUAACCUUCCGGCACUGAAACGCGAGGUCAAAAAGGCCAAGAAAAAUUCUAACCUAAAAUUUGGUCGUUCUCGAUAAUUUUGGUUUGUCAGGCAAUAUUUAACCUUCUUCAGUGCUGGCUGUUAAUUCAUCAUCCUGGAUGACCGUUCCUUUUUGGUUUUGUUAUUUUUGCAGUUGUAUCUCUUCCAACAUCUGAAACGUGAGACUAGGAGACCAAACUGGAACGACCUCGGUAUUGGUUCAUAACCUAAAGAUAUAAGAAAGUUACCUAGUCUAAAUAUAUUAGGUCAUUUCCGGACAUUUGGAUCUUCAAGACGUAUUUCAGCAUUUUGCAUCUUUAGAGCUGGGUCUGGAUUAUUUCCGAACAUCCUGACGUGCCAGUCCUUGUUAUUUUAGUUAGAGUUUUAUUAUUUUUCAUUUUGGAAGUUGUUUCUCUCUAUUGUUAACUUUCCAGCACUGAAAGACGAGGAUAAUUAAAACUAAAUAGAUCGGAAACAACUAAGCUACUAGUUCAUAGCCUUUAGACUUCAGGAAGUAACCUAACCUAAAAAUAUUUGGUUAUUUUCAGCAUUUUGCCAACUUCGUUGCUGUGUCUAUAUUCAUACAACUUCCUGAUUGGCCGUUCCUUUUUGGUUGAGUGGAUGUUUCAGCACUUUGCCAUUUUGGGAGUUAUGUUUCUCUCAGCUUAUAACCCUCACUGAAACGAGUGAGGUUAGAUAGACCAAAUCGAAAACGGCCAACCUGUAAGUUUAUCACCCAGGAGAUCUCAAGAAGAAACCUAAAAAUAUUAAGUUUCCGAUCAUUUUGGCUUGUCAGACGCGUUUUGGCUUUUCGCGAUAUUUACAGCUGAGUCUGCGUUAUUUCCGAGCAUUCCGACUGCCUGCCCUUGUGGUUUGAUUAAAAUUUUAGCAUUCUGCCAUUUUUGGGAGUUGGGUCAUUCUCUCAGUUUAUAAUUCUCCUGCCCUGAAACGAGUGAGGUUAAGCAUACCAAAUCGCAAACGACCAAACUACAGGUCCAUCACCCCGCAGACUCAAGAACCUAACCUAAAAAUAUUAGCUCGUGUUCGAUCAUUGUAUCCUGUCAGACGCAUUUCGGCAUUUCGCCAUCUUCGGAGCUAAGGCUUCAUUAUUUCAAAUAUCCCGACCUGUCUGCCCUCGUGGUUUUAGUUAAAGUUGUAGCAUUUUGCCAUUUUUGGGAGUUAUGUCAUGCUCUCAGUUUAUCUCUCCAGCACUGGAACGAGUGAGUUUAAGCAGCCCAAUUCGGAAAUGACCAAACUACAGCUCCGUCAUUCCACAGACCUCAAGAAGAAACCUAACCUAAAAAUAUUAUGUCAUCUUCGAUCAUUUUAUCUUGUCAGAUACAUUUCGGCAUUUUGCCAUCUUCGGAGCUAUCCAAUUUUAGUAUAUGUACCGCCGAAGCGAGUACAUCUUCCGAGCUAAGUCUGCAUUAUUUCAAAUAUCCUGACCUGCCUGUUCUCGCGGUUUUUGUUAGUUUUACCAUUUUGCUAUUUUUGGGAGUUAUGUCAUUCUCUCAGUUCAUCUCUCCAGCACUGGAACGUGUGAGGUUAAGCAGCCGAAACCGGAAAUGACCAAACUACAGGUCCUUCAUCCCACAGACCUCUAGAAGAAACCUAACCUAAAAGUGUUAUGCUAUUUUCGAUAAUUUUAUCCUGUCAGAUACAGUUCGGCAUUUCGCCAUCAUCAGGGCUAAAGCUGCAUUAUUUCAAAUAUCCUGACCUACCUGACCUCGUGGUUAUAGUUAAAGUUUUUGCAUUUUACCAUUUUUGGGAGUUAUGUCAUUCUCUCAGUUUAUCUCUCCAGCACUGGAGGAGUGAAGUUAAAUGGACCAAAUCGGAAAUGACCAAACUACAGGUCCGUCAUCCCACAGCCCUCAAGAAGAAACUUAGCAUAAAAAUAUUGUCAUUUUUGAUCGUUUUAUCCUGUUAGACACAUUCCGGCAUUUCGUCAUCUUCAGAGCUAAGUCUGUAUCAUUUCAAAUAUCCUGACCUGCCUGCCCUCGUGGUUUUAGUCAAAGUUUUAGCAUUCUGCCAUUUUUGGGAGUUCUCUCAGCUUAUACCUCAACACUGAAGCAGGAGAUUAGGCAGAAUGACCGAAAACGACCUGUAGGCUCACCAUUCUUCAAACACCAUGAUGAAAUCUCACAAAACGUACAAAUACCUUAAUACGUAUUCCUUCUAAAUCUGAAAGAAAUAAUUUAUUAAAACUUUGCUUUCUAAUAAUACCCUUUUGCCAUCACGAACAUAAUUACGGUGUUGUCCUACAUGUCCAAUUUUCAUACUACCGCAUUUACAAAGCUGGCACGCGAAGAAAUACGUACAACGACAAAAAAAUAACGGGCGGUAAUGAUCUUUUGUGCAUGUAAUUAUCAUUAAUCCAAGCUGUCAAUUAUCGUCCUGCUUAUAAAUGAUUAAAAAACCUUGUAAAAAGCAUGAAGUAAU